AUGCAGUUCAACUCCAUCAUCGCUACUGUCGCCACUGCCGCAGCCUUCUGGGCUUCCAUGGCCGAGACCAAAUGCAUCCAGGGACCCAAGCGUGCCGGAAAUUCCUGCAUCCCUGACAACAAAGGCUUGCUUACUUGCGGCCCAGGAAAUGAUGGCAACGUCCUUAUUUGCAACGACCAGCUGAAGUGGAAGGUCCACAAGAACUGCCCCUCUGGAGGUUGCUUCGGGUGCGAAUGCAGGAACUGA